AUGGUGAAUAGGAUUCAAUCUAAAGGAGAUGGCCAUAUAGAUAUCUUCGGCAAUUAUAAUCAUUAUCUGCUUCUGAUUCAAUGCAAAAAUUAUACCAACAAAAUUGAAGUUGAUUAUAUCUGUGCUUUUGAAAGUGUCAUAGCAAGAUUUGAUAAAGAUAAAACCAUUGGAAUUUAUGUGAUAUCGGUAAAGGAUGGUUAUACAAAGGGUUCUAUAAAAAGAGCCAAUUCAUCAGAAUGUUAUUUGUUGCUAAUGAACAUAUGGGAUUUGGAUCAGGACAUACCCAAGUACUUAUCUAAAAUAUCAAAAGAUAAUUCUGUAGAAGAAAAACUUUACAAUAUAGAAAAAAGGAUAAAUGAGAUUAUCGAGACAUUUCAAAGUCAAGAGAAGUUAAUACGUAAGAUAAGAAAUGAUCAAAUCAAAUUAGAAAACAAUCAAAUUAAACUAGAAAUAAGUAGAAUUAGAAAGGAGGAUAAACAAAAAAAAAUUAGUUUUAUUAAUUCUAUAUUAUUAUUUCUUACUUAA